GCCGCAGCAUGAUACACCGCAACGAACACCGGAGGAGCUGGAACUGCUGGAUGCUGCCAAAUGUGGUGAUCUUACCACCGUAAAGAGAAUCAUCGAGCUAACUGAUGGCAAAAUUAUAAAUUGUAAAGAUUUUGAUGGGCGCGAAUCGACCCCACUUCAUUUUGCUGCUGGCUAUAAUCGUGUGGAAGUACUGAAGUACCUGCUUGAAAAUGGUGCUGAUAUUGAAGCCCGGGAUACAGGUUGGUUGGUACCGUUACAUAACGCUUGUGCAUAUGGUCAUUUGGUGGUCGCGGAAUUGCUAGUG